UCUGGUGUCUCCAGGCAGCGUGUGGCGGGCUCUGGCCAGGAGACUCCAGGAUCCCAUGCAGCUGCCUCCGUCCUCUGUGCUGGACCCCAUCGCCCCUCCCAGCGCCGCCUCCAGAGCCCUCGCGCGUCUGUGAGAGCAGCGACAAUGGGCCAAUCUCUGGCUGCCAGCCCUGAAAUGAGGAGAAAUGUUCCCUCAGAGGGGACGGUGUCAUUUGAAGACGUGGCUGUCAACUUCACGUGGCAGGAGUGGCGGUACCUGAGUGAAGCUCAGAGGACCCUGUACUGGGAUGUGAUGAUGGAGACCUGCAGUCACCUGGUGUCCCUAGGGCAUUGUGUUACCGAUCCUGAGGAGAGCAUCAGGUCGGAGCAGGGAUUACAGCCGUGGUCUGUGGACGAUCCCCUAAACCAGGACCUCUCAGAUGUCCAUACUGUGGAUCACCUGACUCAGGACAGCUCUGCAAAUCAGGGCAGACAUGUGUGGCAAGUUCUUACCACCAGCAGCAAAAUACCAUCCAACAAGAGAACUGACUUAAUGGAAAAAAGCAAUUUGGACUCAAUUCAUUGUUUGAACCAUAGUAUCAAAAAUGAACGCAAUUCAGCAAUGAUGCCUGAGAACUUUACUAUACAUAGGACCAUGAUGAUCCCUGGUGAGCCUCAUGAAGAGCAUGCUGGAGAGAAUAAGGAGGUCUUUAGUAGAAUGAGGGAACCCAUCAAGUAUCCUGAGCACCUUAGUCACCAGGUGAUUCAGAACUUUCAACAGCCUUUUGAAUUUCAUGAACAAGGAAAAGUUGUGAGUGUAGAAACAAUAUUUACACCUAAAGGAGCCCUUCCGGAAGGGGCUGCCCGUAAAUGCAAUGAGUGCAGGGACAUCCGUGAUGAGGUACCUUUCGUUGUCCGAGACAGAACCCAAGAAGGACAGACUCCCUGCAGUUGUAAUGAAAAGGGGAGAGCUGCGGAUAUGACUCCAGUGCAUUUGAAUCCUCCUAGGUAUGUUGAACAUGAGCAGCAGGAAUGUUAUGAAAGUGGGGCCAGUCACAGCAACACAUUUCACACCUAUCAGCGUGAGAGUACCCAGUUAGGAAAGAGUAGUUUUGGAUAUAAGAGAUAUGGUGAAGCGGCCUCUAAAACCUCUGUUCUGACUGAACAUCAGAAAACACAAGCAGACGAUCAACCUGAUGAGUGUGGGGGCACCUCUGAGAUUUCCUUACAGAGGGGAUACCAGAGAAAUCUCACUGCAGUGAAGUUGUUUGGCUCUAACGAUUAUGUGAAAACUUACUCAUGGAAGACUGCCCUCACUUUACAUCCACAAUCUCAAACGGGAGUGAAGCGCUACCCGUGUCAGGUAUGUAAGAAAACUUUCAGGUGGAAAUCUGCUUUUAGUGUCCAUCAGAGAACUCACAUAAGGGAGAAACCCUAUGAAUGUGAGGCGUGCAGGAAAGUGUUCUCCUGUAAGUCAGUUCUUGUUCUACAUGAGAGGACUCACACUGGAGAGAAAUGCUAUGAAUGUGAAGGGUGUGGGAAAGCUUUUUCUAGUAAGGCACACCUCAUUAGACAUCAGAGAAUUCACACUGGAGAGAAACCCUAUGAAUGUGAAGGGUGUGGGAAAGCUUUUUCCAGUAAGUCUUACCUCAGGGAACAUCAGAGAAUUCACACUGGAGAGAAGCCUUAUGAAUGUCAAGAGUGUGGUAAGACUUUCCACUGGAAAUCAUCCCUCAGUAACCAUCAGAUAAGUCACACUGGAGAGAAUUAUGAAUGUCAAGAGUGUAGGAAGACUUUCCACUGGAAAUCAUCCCUCAGUAACCAUCAGAGAAUUCACACUGGAGAGCAGCCUUAUGAAUGUCAAGAGUGUAGGAAGACUUUCCACUGGAAAUCAUCCCUCAGUAUCCAUCAGAUAAGUCACACUGGAGAGAAGCUUUAUGAAUGUCAAGAGUGUAGGAAGACUUUCCACUGGAAAUCAGCCUUCAGUAACCAUCAAAGAAUUCACACUGGAGAGAAGCCUUAUGAAUGUCAAGAGUGUAGGAAGACUUUCCACUGGAAAUCAUCCCUCACUGAACAUCAGAGAGGUCACACUGGACAGGAGACCAGACUGACCGCAGAGAAGCCUCUUCUCAUCAGCCCAGCUGGCAGUAUGGUGGGACGAGGCUCUGCCGGCUGCAAGGACUAUGACUCCCCCGAGUUCCUUAGAGAGGCCAUUCAGCAGGGCCCCUCCACCCACCCAUCCACAGGACCUGUGGGCACCUUCACUCAGGGUCCUCACACCAACCUUGCCCCCACCUGCUCUGGCUCCUCAAAUGCUCCGAGGCCUAAGUGCUGGAUCCCACACCCGAUGUCCCCUGCAGGAUCUGCUGCUGGAAGCAAAGCGCUCUGACUUGAACAGCGACACUGACUGACUCUUUCAAAGAGAUGUAAAAAGGAAAUACGCUGUCAGGGUGACAGCUGUUUUCCCUUUAACUCUUGUUAGGGAGUUAACAAGGUUCCUCACAACCUAGUAAUUCCCAGUGGAAUUUGUAUUUAGAUUGAAGAAAGCUUUAGAGAUCUUUAAUGCACUGAGGUUAGCAUUGAAGAAUUAUUGCAAAUUGUAAUAUAAAGUAACAGCCUCACUCUGUGGCUGGUUAGCUUGGUAAUAGGGUUGUAAAUGAUGAGCUAUAAAACUGGAGGGAGAAUUAGAGGUCACAGGCCUGCAAAGCAUAGCCUUCUAAGAUUUCCUGGCAGAUUAUCUGUACUCUGUCCGCACCACUCCAGUGAGGACACUCCCUGGUCUCUGGGAAGCUGUCUGAAGCCCUUCCCAUCUGUAGGGUAAGGUAAAAGGUAUCAGACUUUUCUGCCCUCCCGCCAUCAGGAUAGAUGAGGGAGCCCUGUGAUCCUGGGUGCAUGCCUGAUGGCGUUCACCUGAGUGGGUACACCUGAGCUAAGAGACUGAUUUAUAAAGGUGGUGCAGCAGUGUGCGGUGUGGUGGUAGUGCGGUGUUAAGGGUGGAGAAGUGGAGUGUACGGAGGAGUGCGGCGACUACAAACAACGGCAAAGAGCAUGUGGCUGCUAGAACCGUUCAUAAACCUGCCCGGAAUGGGUUGGUUGCUUUACACCAUCGCUUGGCACAGUGGGGCUGCCUUCCCGAAAGCCCUGGCACUGACCCGCAUGGCUGGACUCCCUUUCAGCUUGUCCUGACACUGACCUUCUUAUCACAGAGGUUAGUUGACCAUAGGAAACCCCCCACACCAAGUGAACAUUCACCUCAAAUUCUAGACAAAGAGUCACCCUUUCACCUCAGCAAUACACCUAACUUUAGGCCCCAGAUUCUGGCAACAUUCCCCAUUUGUAGACACCUUCAAGUGUUCUUCCUCACUGGUCAUUCUGAAAUUAAAGCAGUUUGGUUGUCAUCAAGAAAAAAAGGAGUCAAGUAGACUGAGGGGAUGAACCCAGAACCACACACAGAGGAUUUGGACAAGCAGAAACUGAAAUCUCAAGUUCAUGCUGAUUCCACUACAAGGCUUCAGUGGUGCUGGGCCUAUCAACAGUGUUCAAGCCUGUGUGUAGAUUGCUGGCUGUGCU